AUGGCUUAUCAUUUUCAAGCUAAUCUAAGGGACCAUGCCCUCGAUAGUGGUGCUUCUUCUUCUUACAGGAAAGAUUGGGAACUUAUCCCAUCGAGUGUAUGGAAACGUAUUUGGCAUUGCAGAUCUUGGCCAAAGAUUAAGAACUUCCUUUGGAGAUGUUGUACUGAAGGAGUUGCUACAGAGGAAGUUAUCUUUAAGGCCCACAAGGCUUGGCAGGAGUUCGAGAAAACCUCUACAAUGGCUCCUUAUGAUUCUCAGGAAGGCGUAGAUGCUUUCCAACUCCCGCAAUCCUGGCAAUGCCCCCCUACGAACUUCAUCAAGAUUAAUGGAGAUGCUGCCACCCAAGAGGAAUCGACUAUGGGAGGUAUUGGGUUUGUUCUGAGAAACUAUUUGGGGGAUCCUUUGGCUGCUGUUUCGGAGGUUGUUGACUUCCCGAGUGUUUUGUUUGAUGAAGCAAUUGCGAUCAGAUCAGGGCUUAUUUGGGCACAGGAUGCUGGGUAUCCAAGGCUUCAGGUCGAAUCUGAUAACUCAACACUUAUCAAUUAUUUGAACAAUCCAUCUUCCCCAAUCCGCUGGGAGCUGGAUGGUAUUAUUCAUGACAUUCGGUCAAGAUCUAUCACCCACGAAACUAGACCUUUCAUGAGUCCCCAAUUCGCCCCUGAACCAUCUGGUGCCUUACCCAUCAUUGGCCAUCUCUCUCUACUAAGAGGUCUAGUUCCACUUUCCCGGUCACUUGGUGCCAUCGCCGACAAAUAUGGCCCAAUUUUCAUGAUUCGUCUCGGCGUUCAUCGAGCACUUGUGGUGAGCAGCUUAGAAGUGAUCAAGGAAUGCUUCACCACCCACGACAAGGUCUUCGCAACACGCCAACCAUGUGCUGCAGGCAAGUACCUUGGCUACAAUUAUGCUUUUCUCACAUUUGCACCUCAUGGUCCUUAUUGGCGUGAGAUCAAGAAGACAGUCACACUUGAGCUCCUCUCCAAGAACCGACUUGACAUGCUUAAGCAUAUAAGAAAGGGUGAAAUUGACACAUGCAUCCAAGAGUUGUACUCAUAUUGGGCCAAGAACAGAGGAGGUGGUGGUGGUGCUGGGCCAGUCUCUGUGGAGAUGGAUCGAUGGUUCUGUCGUUUGAAUUUCAAUGUUAUUACUAAGAUGAUUGCUGGGAAAAGAUAUUUCAAUACUUUUGAUGAUACGGCUAAAGAUGAGAAUGAAGAAGCUGGGAGAUUUGAGAAAUUAAUUGAGGAACUAACAAGGUUGAGUGGGAUUUUUGUCCCUUCCGAUGUGCUGCCUUACCUUGAAUGGAUGGAUUUGCAAGGACAUUUGAAAGCCAUGAAAUCUAUUGCUAAGGAAGUUGAUAGUUUAAUUGGGAAUUGGCUUGAAGAUCAUCAUCAUCAUCAUCACCUUCAUGAGAAGAAUAAGCAGAAACAGGAAGAAGAUUUCAUGGACCUGAUGCUAUCCAUAUUUCCUGAUGAGGAAAAGUUGAUAUAUGGUUAUGACCGUGAUACUGUCAUCAAGGCUACUGUACUGACUCUUAUUGUAGGUGCCACUGACACCACAUUCAUAGCCUUAACAUGGGCUCUCUCCUUACUCUUGAAGCAUCCCAAUGUGUUAAAAAGAGCCCGAGAUGAGUUGGAUGCUUAUGUUGGCAAAGAUAGAAACGUGGAUGAAUCAGAUAUUAAGAACCUCGUGUACCUUCAAGCCAUUGCCAAGGAGACACUACGCCUUUACCCACCUGGACCUGUUUUGCCACGUCAGGCAAUGGAAGACUGUCAAUUGGGUGGAUAUCAUGUCCCCAGUGGCACACAUUUGCUUGUGAACAUAUGGAAGCUGCACCGAGACCCUAGCGUGUGGUCAGACCCUGAUGAGUUCAAACCAGAAAGAUUUCUCACAACCCAUGCCGACGUAGACUUCAAGGCUCAAGAGUACCGGUAUAUACCGUUCAGUGCUGGUAGAAGGCAAUGCCCUGGUAUCACCUUGGCCACGCAGGUCUUCCACUUGACGCUUGCUCGUCUUCUCCAUGGGUUUGAUGUGAUGAACGCUUUGGAUGCACCAGUGGACAUGACUGAAGGUGUAAGCCUCACCUUACCCAAAGCAAACCCUCUUCAUGUUCUCAUCACUCCACGCCUGCCUUCUAAGCUAUAUGAAGACUAGACUACUCUAGCUAAAGAGAUUUGAUAGA